CUGAUAAAGUUGCCUGGAUCAGUCUGUCCUGCUGGAGCUCGCAGUGGAGUUGUACAAGGCAGGAGGUCAGGAGAUGGAGCUCAGUGCUGGGAUGCAGAGGAUGUCUGUGGGUCACCAGGGUGCAGACCGGGGACCGCGCUGCUUGCGAUGCAGAGACACGUGCCUCGGAUUCCAGCCGCACUCCUGGAGGAAAUCUUGUGACCUGUGCCAAUGCCCCCGUGAAGAACACACUCUGCCGCUGGAUGUAGAGGAGGACUAUAGGAUUGGGCAGCUGCUCUCGGAUACCCCUUACUUAGGGCUGACGGCACGGGUGAAAGGCAGCGAGGGGACGCGCAUCUACAAAAGAAAUCGUAUGAUCAUCACCAACCCCAUUACCUCGCGCAAAGAUCCCACCUUCCUCACGGUCACGUAUGAGUGGGCACCUCCUGGACUUAACCAAAAGCUGGCCAUGCGGUACAUGGAGCUGAUCCCAAAGAAGAUGCAGCCCAUUGCAGGCACAGAAGGGGCACAUUAUCGACGCCUGCAGCUGGUGAAGCAGCUACCCGCCUACGACCAUGAUCCUGCACAGUGCCGGGGGCUGUCAGAGGCUGAGAAGCCCGUUAUGGAGGCAUUUGUGAAGCGGUACAAGGAGAAAGCCAUGGGGGUGGCCGAGGUGAUGUUACCCUGUAGCGUCAAACCGGAAGAGAACGACCCCAACUCUGCAAAGACCACGAAUGGCACACAGGAGGAGUCAUCUGGCAACAAGGACUAUUUGUGUGAAUUGUGCCAGCAGCUGAUGCCCGGUGAUGCCCCAGCAGUGUAUGUCGAACGUGCGGGGUACAAGAAACAGUGGCACCCCACCUGCUUCGUGUGCUGCCAGUGCCGAGAGCCCCUGGUAAACUUGAUCUACUUCUGGAAGAACAACCGCCUGUGGUGCGGGAGGCAUUACUGUGAGAGCGAAAAGCCGCGAUGUGCAGGAUGCGAUGAGAUAAUAUUCUCAGAAGACUAUCAGCACCUCGAUGGCAAAUCCUGGCACAGAGAACAUUACUCCUGAGCGAGCCGCAAGCGGAGCCUCCCUGCAGUAUGUUCUGCAGUACAGAUAAAUCCACACAUUAGACCAAGAACCCGUUGCGCCUGGAUCCUUGAGUACCCAGCGAUGGGACGUAUACAUGAUACAUAUCCUGAUGUCAUACUUAUCAUAGGCUACAUGGGCAUCAAGUGCCAUCUCUGGACCAUCAGUGUGUCUCCAACACCAACGCACCGAGAGAUGGCGGCUAAUUUAGUGAAACGUUUGCUGUGGCGCUUUACCGGAGGUGUAACUGUGCAAAUGGUUCAUUUUUAGGGCAUUGUCGUUGUCAGGUCAUGAUUCAAAGGUUAAUUGCCAAAUUACUGGAAUACUAACAGAUUUAAUAUUUAUUUUUGUAUGUUGAAUGGUGUAAAGUGUUUAUACAUUGCUGUUUGUACAUACUGAAUUUGUGUCAGGCAGCCACAAGGCGCGCACGACCCGUCAACUGUACAUUUUAAAGGAUCAUGUGAAGGUCUUAUGCUGUUCCAUACAGGAGAAAUACGGACACCAGUUCCACAAAAUAUUUGUCUCGUUACGCAUUUGGCCAUGAAGUCUGACGCGUUUCAUGGGUAGAAUUUGACCUAUGGUGUUUCCAGUCCUGCCCCAACCACAUCACACAAAUCUAGUCAUUGGUUAUAAAUCAGUAAAUCAGGACACAGCCAAAAUGGGGCAUUACCACACCUCCAACGCUGUGUCCAGCUGAAGCAGGUCAAAUAUUUGUGCCAAAUAUUUUAGAACUUGCACAGCAUUAACUUUUAAGCAGUUGCUCCCAAACUUUGGGCUACCCCUGUUUUUAUUGGCUUUUCUGUCCGAAAAGAGACCAUUUAUCAAACUGUGUGCAAUAAAACUGUAACAAAAAUGGAAUUUGGGAAAUUAGCACAGAAUAAUUGGUGCCAUCCAAAAUCAAACCAAUCAGAUAUUUUACUUUGAUUUUCAAGCCUGCAAGAAAGUUUAUAUUCUAAUUUCAUUGGUUGCUAUAGCAUGUACAGUAACUUGCUUGUUUGGAUAAUGUUUUAGAGCCGUUUUCAUACAAGUCUCCAUGUUCUACAAAAUUAGAUUUUUAUUUUUUUUUUAUUUACUUUUUGCUUCUGACAUGCAUUUUGGUGCAAGAUCUUAUACAAUGUAUAUAAUUCAGGCUGCAACUAUGACAAUGUUUCAGCCUCCCAAAAAUAGUUCCCAAGAAAAUAUUUCCAGAAUUUAAGAAAUCUGCUUUAGUAAAGCAGGUAUUUAUUUAAUUACAUUUUUGUAUAUUAAUAUUGAUGUAACGUUUACUGACAAGGCAUUGGCUGACGUGAUGCUUCUUUAAAUAAAGAGAAUUGUUACUGAUCUAA